UCACCUCCCUGGCUCUCCCCUAUAAAAAUUCUAGCGGCCUCCGUCCUCUCGAUUUUUUCUCCGAUCCAAGGGUUUCCUCGCGCCGCUGCCGCCGCCGCUUCCGUCUUCGCCGCCGCCGCAGCCAUGCCGUCCCACAAGACCUUCCGGAUCAAGAAGAAGCUGGCCAAGAAGCAGCGCCAGAACCGCCCCAUCCCCUACUGGAUCCGCAUGCGCACCGACAACACCAUCAGGUACAACGCGAAGCGCAGGCACUGGCGCCGCACCAAGCUCGGAUUCUGAGCGGGGGAAGAGACGCCGGGCACCGAUGCUAGGCGAAACUGGGGCUUACGAGCUGGCCUGGGGACGCUUUCCAUGUUUCCGCAUGCUAGGGAGUUCUUGUUUAGAUUUUGCUUGUGUUGAAUUGGUCUUAUCAGUUGUUCCUGUAGCGUACUGAGAAUACCAUGGUUUGCUAAUGGUUGAUGAACAUCCUUUAUAAUUUUGCAGAAGCUAUCUUGGUCUGCCAUGUGUUAAUCCGGACAGCUUUUUUGCCUUUCUGUAUUUCGAUUUACUUGUCCUG